UUCUACCCCUUUCGCGUCGGAUCGUCUGUACGGUGUCGUCUUCUUGCAGAGGACCGCAGGAUGGCGACAGCGGCGAGCAGCGCGGAGCGGGGGGUGCUGGAAGAAGAGUUCCGGUGGCUCCUGAAGGAGGAGGUGCACUCGGUUCUCAAGCAGCUGCAGGACAUCUUAAAGGAGGCGUCCCGGAGGUUCACCCUGCCCGGCGGGACAGCGGAUGGCGCCACCAAGCAGGAGAACUUUGUAUUGGGAAGCUCCAGCACGGACCAGGUGAAGGGGGUCCUGACACUGCAAGGAGACACCCUGUGCCAGGCUGAAGUGAACCUGAAGGUGACGAGGACCAAUCAGCUGCUUCACUUUGCCUUCCGGGAUGACAAGCAGUGGAAGAUGCAGCAGAUUCAGGACGCCAGAAAUCACGUCAAUCAGGCGAUCUACCUGCUCACCAACCGGGGGGAGAACUACACCUUCCAGACCGGGUCGGAGGUGCUGAAGCUGAUGGACGCCGUGAUGCUGCAGUUAACCAGAGCCCGCAACCGCCUGACCACGCCGGCGACCAUGACUUUACCAGAGGUGGCCACCAGCGGCCUGACGAGAAUGUUCACCCCGGCGCUGCCUGCGGACGUUCUGCUGAACUUCUAUGUGAACGUGAAUAAGCUGUGCCUCCUGGUCUACCAGCUGCACGCCCUGCAGCCCAACUCCGCCAAGAACUUCCGACCAGCGAGCAGCUCCGUCCUGCAUAAUCCGGGCGCCAUGUUCGAGCUGAACAACCAGCGCUUUGAGGUCAGCCACGUCCAUAAGGUGGAGUGCGUGGUGCCGUGGCUGAACGACGCCCUGGUCUUCUUCACCGUGUCCCUGCAGCUCUGCCAGCAGCUGAAGGACAAGAUCUCCAUAUUUUCCAGUUAUUGGAACUUCCGGCCGAAUUAAGUCUCGGCUCCAGGCAAGGACUAUCCAGGGGCGCCACCAAUGGGACCCUCCACACGUCCUCACCCCCAGGGGCCCGCCGCUUCCAUGCUCGGACAGUGUGGAAACGCGAUGCAUGAAUGACGUCCGUAUUUAUUUAGUUUUCUACAAGAAGGGAAAUCGUCCUUUACUCUCAGUGCAAUAGACUUUUCCUCCCCCACCCCCAUCAUGCUGGACCAAACAUGGUCAUUUCCUGCUUCUGGGAAAGCUGGGUGACCACCAAUAUGGCAGCGGUCAAGGCGCCGAACAAAGGUUGUCACCCAGAUUUCCCCGUCUGCACCAGACCGGAGUCACCGUGCACUACAUGUCAUAGAGAUGCUGGGGAAUACUUAAAGGGGGCCUCUACAUAGUAUUAUUUACCCUGAUUUAUUUUUUCUCGUGCUCUGGGAUUGCCUUGGAGCGUGCACGUCCUGUCACGUGACCGCCACUCUUUAUUCUAAAUGGCGGUCACAUGAGUGUUGAUGCUGCCAUGGCAACCCCAGAGCGCGCACGCGCAUUUUUUCUAAAACCUUUUCUAUAUAUUAUUUUUUUUAAAGGGGCAGAAAUGUUUAACUGUUGCUGCACUGGCCUGGUUUUGCCACAGGGUGGCAGUAUUGCAUGCGCGGCUACAGUGCUCUGUGUAGGGUCUGAUGCUGUAAAGCUGCAGUUACUGCACUCGGACACCAGGUGGCGCCACAGUGACAUGUUUUUGCCUGCACUGUAUUGUCAUUCCCUUUUCUUUUAUAUUUAUUCUGUCUGUUUGUUAUUUCGUACAAUGGAGCUGUUUGUGUGUAGCCAUGAGGAACAAGCCGGCGCUCUCCGGCCGUGCCGCCGCCACUUCCACGGCAAACUUCGUUCAUGAGUGUUGUGUGUUUCUUCCUUUUGUAAAUAGCGUGUCUGAAAUAAAGAGAGAAGCCGCACGUCUCAGGUUAAAAACCUUA